AGCGGCCGCGAUUUGUAACAUCAUAUAUACUCCAUACUCCAUAGGCUCCUCUGUUUCAUGAUUUUAUAUAAACCCUGAAUUCUCAACGGAGGCUCUCGCCUUCGUCUUCGUCUUCUUCAGCUGGGUUUCUCUCUGGUUUCCUUUGAUUCUUGUUCUGGGUUUUUUAGAUCAAUUAUUUUUUUUUUCUUUUCGUCGGAGAUUUCUCGGAGCAGCCAGACGAAGAGAGCCAUGGUGGAGAUCAAGGAAAUCUGGACGAAGAAGACGUUGAUUGGUCUUGGGUUGGGGCAGUUUCUCUCGCUUCUCGUUACUUCUACUGGGUUUACAUCUUCUGAGCUCGCUCGAAAAGGAAUAAACGCUCCUACUUCACAGUCUUUCCUGAAUUAUGUCCUGUUGGCUGUUGUCUAUGGAGGUGUCAUGCUAUACCAAAGACCCGCACUUAAGGCGAAGUGGUAUUAUUAUCUCCUCCUCGCUUUAGUAGAUGUGGAGGCAAAUUUUCUCGUGGUGAAGGCUUAUCAGUACACAUCAUUGACAAGCGUAAUGCUGCUUGACUGUUGGGCAAUCCCGUGUGUUUUGCUUCUCACUUGGAUUUUUCUGAAAACAAAGUAUAGAUUCAAGAAGAUCACUGGUGUGGUUAUAUGUAUUAUCGGUGUUGUCAUGGUCGUCUUCUCUGAUGUUCAUGCAAAUGAUCGGGCCGCGGGAGGAAGUAAUCCUGUUAAAGGAGAUUUGAUUGUUAUAGCCGGAGCAACAUUGUAUGCUGUCAGCAAUGUCAGUGAGGAGUUCCUAGUGAAGAACGCAGACAGAACUGAGCUCAUGUCUUUUUUGGGCUUUUUCGGUGCCAUUAUCAGUGCCAUUCAGAUAGCCAUACUUGAACGUGGGGAGCUCAAAUCUAUUCAGUGGUCAGCCGGGGCUAUAGCUCCUUUCCUUGGAUUUGCAAUUGCAAUGUUUCUCUUUUACUCGUUAGUCCCAAUCUUACUCAAGACCAAUGGUUCUGCAAUGUUCAACCUCUCAUUGCUAACAUCAGACAUGUGGGCGGUUGUGAUCCGCAUUUUCGCUUACCACGAGAAGGUGGAUUGGCUUUACUUCCUGGCCUUUGCAACAACAGCAGUUGGACUGGUCAUAUACUCUAUGCGGGAGAAAGAUCGGAAAGAGCAAGACAGUGCAGAGGUGGCGGACGAGGAGGAGGCUGGAGGGUCACUUGGCGGUGGCCGUGCCAUAGCCGAAACCUCGACCAAAGUCUGAGGUUAUUGGCUCUGAUCUGAUGAGAUGUACACUCUGACAAAAGUUUGUGCUUUCCUUUCCCACAAAAAAAAAACGCCAAUGUCGUUUUCUUAAUUCUUUUUUUCUCUGUAUAGAAGAAUAAUAUUAUUACUAUUUCGAAAUAAUUGAGUUAUAACACACAGCCCUUGA